CGAGUAUUUAAUAGCAAGUUGUUUGUGAUCAUUUUCGGAAGUUUAUUCUACAGUAAAUGACUAUAAUGGCUGAUACUACUGUCGAUGCAACUCGUCGUUUAAACGUAAAGAAACAAACCUUGGACGACGCAUACGCAGCCCCUGCAAAUUUUUUGGAAAUUGAUGUCAUAAAUCCUAUAACCCAUGGAGUUGCUAAGAAAAGAUACACCGAUUAUGAAGUUAGAAUGAGAACAAAUCUACCGGUGUUUAAAGUUAAAGAAUCAAGUGUUCGAAGAAGGUAUAGUGAUUUUGAAUGGCUUAGGAAUGAAUUAGAAAGAGAUAGCAAGAUCGUUGUACCUCAAUUACCUGGUAAGGCUUGGAAACGACAAAUGCCAUUCAGAGGAGAUGAUGGUAUAUUCGAAGAGGAAUUUAUUGAAGAGAGGCGGAAAGGUUUAGAAGUGUUUGUAAACAAAAUAGCAGGUCACCCUCUUGCCCAAAAUGAGCGUUGCUUACAUAUGUUCCUUCAAGAGCCAGUAAUUGACAAAAACUAUGUUCCCGGAAAAAUACGUAACACGUAAUCUGAUAUAUUAUGAUAUAUAUUUAUAUAUAAAGUUACGUAAACAUCAAGGAGUGUAUGAAUUAUAGUGGCAUUUAAAUUUUUUAAAAAUUACUGGUCCACUAUAAGGGAGUACUUUGUAAUAGUAACUGCUCUCAUUUCUCAUUCCAAUAUACUUAAAGGCUACUUUUUUAUACUAGCAGUAUAAAUUUAAGUAUAAUUAUGUGAUUGAUAUUCUUGUUAUUCAGAGAUUUUAUGUAUUUAAAAUAUUAUUUAAAGUGUAAUAAAUAUUAUUUAUAUUAUUUAGUGAAUGAUAAUGAAAAUAAUGUAUUGAUUGUUACCUAAAUUAAAAUGCAUAUUUAAUCGUAUUUUUAUAUUAUGGUCCAUACAAUGUCAGUUCUUUUCUUUUUCAAAUUCUAUGAGAAUUGUAUCCAAAGAUAUUUGUCAGUAUGUGAUACAGAUCACACAAUGUCUUUAUAUUUAUGAAUGCUUUAUAUUUUGAAACUAAUAUUUAUUUAGUUAAAAAAAAAAAAGUUAGUGAUAAUGUUUAUAUAUCCCACAUGUACAUGUAUGUAUGUAUGUAUAAGAUAUUUGAAGAUUUCAAAUCACUGAAGCUUAGUUAAAUGUAAAUAUUUAUAUUUUAUUUUCAUUAUAAUACAAUUAUUAUUUCACCGCUAA